AUGAUGGGGCUAACACAUUUAUUCCUGACUGAGAGGUGCGUAGGACAAAGCACUGGAGGAAAGUCUGGAAGCUACAUACUUUUGCAGGGAAUCAAAGUGUAUUUUACUCCUUCCCACGCAAAUCAAACUUUAUUUUUAGUUCAAUCAGCGUUUUAUUAAUCGCUGCAGCAAAAUUAAUUGCUACUACUCAGUUUUAAGGUGGUGGGAUGCAGUUUUAAUUAGCGCCCCUCCCCCCCCCGGUUUUUAUGUUUUUGGUGGAAUUUUGUACAUCACUUGGAAUGGUAGUUGUGUCCUGAACUCAUGAUUUAUUUAACAACUAAGUAUUGCAUUUUCUUGGGUGGGUAACAAUUCCUCAGCAGUGAUCUCUGCUGUCUGGUUUUUAAAAGGCAAGGUUUCUAGUCCUUAAAGCUGUGUUUGAAAGUAUAAUAGCAACACACUGUGAAAUCUCGGAAACUCGAAGAGAGAGCCAAGUAAGAUUUUUGGAAGUCAGUGGGUAGAACCUCAGAUAAAACUAUGAAAAUUUGAAAAUAUAGACAGAUUUUCUUAAGGGGCAUGGUUUAUGCUUUUGUCCCUCCCCAUGUCCUAAUUCUGGGCUUCCCGGGGACACCAGGUUGGCCACUGCGUAGGAAAGAGGAUGCCAGACUAGAUCGACUCUGUGGUCUGAUGGUGCAGAGAGGACCCUGCUCAUGUUCUCUUUCAACUGUGCAGCUCAAAGCCAAACGUGCAGAAGAUGCUGCUGAUGCAGAAAGGUACAAUAUGGCCUGGGAUUGUCGUGAUCCCCUGGACUGAACCAUCUGCAGAUGGCAGAUCUCUUGCCUGUGCAAGAUGCCUGGACCCCUCCAUCAGAUGCAUGACAACCCAAGUCAUGAUGUGCCACAGGUAG